AAUAAAUCUCUUUGCAAAGUGGUAUGUAUAAAAAAAGACAGAGAGGAGAGAGAGAGAGAGAGAUAAAAGUUGAGUUUGCUAUGCAUAUUUCGAUUAAGACGUUGGAGGGAAAGAGGAUAAAGCUAGAGGUUGAAGAUAGCUCCAACACCAUCGACCUCAAGAUCCAUGGAGAGCCGACCCGUGAAUUGGUUGUGGAUCUGAGUCCAACUCCAGAUACGGGUGCGAUCAUGAUGAUUUUUAUUAAGACUCUUACGGGGAGAACCAACACCUACGAGGUUAAGGGGUCUGACACCAUUAGAGAACUCAAGGCCAAGCAUGAGGAGAAAGAAGGCAUUCCAGUAGAACAGCAGAGGCUAAUCUUUCAAGGCAGGGUACUCGAGGAUAGUAAAGCCAUAUCUGACUAUAACAUCAAGCAUGAGUCGACCCUUCACAUAACGUUACAUCAAUGUGGUUGCUAAAAUGUAACUUGUUUUCAUUUCCUGUUUUUUUUGUUUGUUUUUUUUAUCGUUUCUAAAGACUUGGUGUUCGAUUUCCAAUCAAUAAAAUUGCAUGUUUAAUUUAUUCAA